UUUUAAAUUUCUGACUACAUAUAAUUUUUUUAUCGUUUGUGUAAAUUACUCUUUUUAUAAAACAAAUUAUUUUUAUUAUAGGCUUUGCUGUUUCUGCUAAAAAUUUGGCUACACCGAAUCACACUUUCUUCCAGAUUUUGGCUUCAAUCAGAUCUUGUUGGACUUACGUCCCUAAAACUCUUUUUGAACUCACUUCCUCUGUGUUCCCUACAUCAAGAGGAACCUCUAUGAAAUUUUAACCACAACAUUUCUAACUGUCCUUUGCUCUCAAAUAAAAAUCUUCUUUUAUUUCUUUUUUCCUCGUUAGGCUACAUUUUCCUUGAUUCAAAUCUUCUCCUAAACUCUCUUUAUCCUAAUGUUAUCUGUUCCAUCAUCAAAUGCAUUUAUGGCGCUGAUUUACUCAUUUAAUUUAUUAUAAUAUUUAUUAUAUUUAUUUAUUUCUAUAACUGACUUGCUAUAAUGUCACUGGCGAAAUCAAUAUACAUAAAUAAUAAAAUAUACAUAUUUUAGGCCGACGAGCGAUGAUUUAGUAUUCAUAAACAGUUGCCAUAGAAAUGUGUGAGCAAUAAUAUUUGGCUUAUGACUUCGUGAAAAGGCCACUUGAUGUUUUUUUUUUUUUAAAGCAUAAAAUUGCUUAUGUAUGUUGCAUAAAAUGUGAUUAUGAACUCGUAUGUGUAUCACCUUAGUAUAGUAUUUGUUAUUUUUCAUUUACAGUGUAUCAAAACGUUAAUAGUGAAAAACGAUGCACCUUUAUUGAAUAUUUCAUGCCUGAAUUUGUCAGAACAAUGUGCACAAAAGGCAUUAUCUUACGCUAAUAAAAUCAACGACGAGAAAGAUUCAAAAACCAAGUGGAAAUAUUUGAUGAAGUUUGUUGGAGACAAAGUUAAAAAGCGAUCACUGGAAUAUUAUAAAAGAUCUCAGCGUUGGAGUUUUGGAGGUACGUGGACAUCGGAAUGCGCUGGGGUACGUUUCGACGUGGAUUCCCAAAGCACCGUAGGCAUAGACAACAACAUGCCGGUGAAACUCGUAGAAAAAUCAGGCGGUAAAUGUGCAGGCGGAUUUCUCGAUAGGAAUUGGCUGGCCAAAGCCAGUGGACCAUCAUGGUCGGAGGGACCUAUAACUUUGUACGCCAUAAAUCAAUCCACAAAAAUGUUUGCUGCGUUUAUAGGAUAUCCUCAAAAACACAAUAACAAAGAGUUCAUAAUGGGCAUGUGGACAAUGGGAAGAUGGUCUGUGGACAAUUCUGGCAUGCACCAAUCUGUUUACACCAUACCGGAUGUUUUACAUAGAGAUUGCUUUUAACAUGUUAUAACUUUCAAUAUGUGAAACCUUAAUGGUGUUUUUAAAUUUUUUUUUUUAAUUGGUGCUCUAUUUUAUUGUGAUUAAUUUACAUACUAAAGCACAUCGUUUAUCAUUAAUAUUAAUAUUAUUAUUAUUUAUUUAUUUAUUUAUUAAAAUGCGGGCUAGU